CAUGUAUGAAGCUUGGAUAUGGAGCUUGGUCCCGUCGGUACCCCUGUACCUCGGAAUAUAUUUACUCCGUUCUCUGUUCAAACAGGACAAACACCUUGACCUUGGAAGGCAACAUUUCCGAAAUUCACUCGAGGCCAUCCACAACCAUAAUCAUUGCCAGCUUCGUCCUUACCAGCACCAUCGCUCUCACCCAUUCGCAAACACGCGCUCUCCACAGCGAGUCGUGUCUCUACCCCCGCGAACAGCGGCCCGCCACACCCACAUCACCAUCCUCACGCGCCCACCACCACCAUGUCCUCCUCUAACAGCGGCCCCCCCAGCCCCUUCACCAUGAAGAAAUUCUCCCUCGCCUCCAAGCCGUCGAGCUCGACGCCCUCCUCGCGCCCCUCUUCCACCAAACCUCCCUCCUCCCUCGGCAAACGCCCCCGCCCCCCCCUCCACCACGUCUCUGACUCCGACUCCGACCGCGAGCCCGAACCCGUCGCCGUAACCGCCUUCGGUGCCUCCGGCGCAGAGACGCGCGAGCGACACACGCGCAGCGCGCCCAUCAUCGAGAAACUGCCUAAUCGCGACUGGCGUGCUGAGGCCCGGCAGCGAAGGGGUGGGAAGAACGUGCUUCCGCCUGAGGUGCAGGCGCAGCGCGAGGGGGCGAGGAGGGCUGCUGAGGGGAAAGGGGAGACGGAGGUGCAGGGGGGGGAGGAGAUUAAAUGGGGGUUGACACUAACAUCGAAGGAGGAGAAGGAGAAGGAUGUGGUUGAGGGUGUUGAACCGCCUAGGUCUGCGUCGCCGGAGCCGACGGAGGCGCUGGUGGAGAAGGUGAAGACGGAUGAUGAUCGUGCGCUUGAUGCGCUGUUGGGGCGUUCGGACAAGGUCAAGCGCCCUGAUCUUGUUAUUGCGUCCACGGAAGACACAACGUAUGAGGCUCCUAUUAGCGAUGGGGAUGCAUACCAGCGCGCCAUUGCCGCAGCGCCUGAUGCCUCCACGCUUCAGGAUUACGAAGACAUGCCGGUUGAGGAUUUCGGGGCAGCGCUGCUCCGAGGCAUGGGUUGGAAAGGGGAGAAAGUGGCGACGCCAAAGGAGGGGAAGCGGCGGUUAAAUCUACUUGGUCUGGGGGCGCGGGAGCUGAAAGGGGCUGAGGAGCUUGGGGCGUGGGUGCAAAAGAGCGAUGUGAAGAGAUUGAAUACUGGAGCGAGGAAGGAGAGGCGGGAGAAGCCUGGAGAAUAUCGAGAGAGGGAGGAUAAGAAGAGGAGAGAGCGGGAUGAGAGGUAUGGUGGAAGAGAUGAUAGAGAUGGGAGGGAGUAUAGGGAUCGGGAUAGGGAGAGGAGGCGCUGAGAACUGCUGCCGGGGUUGGAUAGAGGCGGGAGGGAGCACUGUGAGUAUCAUUCCGGGAGAUAUGGAAGAACAUCGUCAACCGUAGCGCACGAGCAACGAAAACAAAAUGAUACCAGACACUAGACUUAUUAUAUAGAUUGGUCGCUAAAAUACAAAACUCGAGACUCAAAUAACUCCA